CUGCCCGCCGCGCUGCCUGCGCCGGCCCGGGUGUCCGGGUGGCUGCCAGGGCAAGGCAAGUGCGCGCACGGGCUGCGGGGCUCCACCCAAGAAGAGAUCCGACCUACUGCUGAGGUCCGACCCAGAGCGGGAGGAUUCCGACCUGGGCCCAGGCACCGGGCCCUUCCCCAGGCUGCCUCCUGACAUCUGGACUCCAACAUAGGCAUGGGCAUGUGCUGGGGCACUUGGUUGACCUUUGGAACCUUGGGCCCCCAUCAGCAUAAGGGGUACCAAUGGUAGCACCACCAAACCAAGGAGAAAGCAGAUGCUGGAAGGCCUACCACCCUUGCUGUUGACAGUUUUAUUGUGCCUGGCGCUGCUGGCCCUGCUGUUCUUCCUGCGACACCACAGUUUGUUGCCUUUUUUCUUCUGGAACGAGUGGGUCUUGCAGUCCAUCAACAACUGGCUCAUGGGUGACAGCAAGGAGCAGCGCAUCCUGCGCUACGUGCUGCAGCAUGCUGUGGCCGGGGACCCGCAGAGUGUGCUGGAGACCAUCGACACCUACUGCUCGCAGAAGGAAUGGGCCAUGAACGUGGGUGACAAGAAAGGCCUGAUCGUGGACACAGUGGUGCAGGAGCAGCGCCCCUCCACGUUGCUUGAGCUGGGGGCCUAUUGCGGCUACUCGGCCGUGCGGAUGGCCCGCCUGCUGCCACCCAGCGCCCGCCUGCUCACCAUCGAGCUCAACCCCGACUACGCCGCCAUCACCCAGCAGAUGCUGGAGUUUGCAGGCCUGCAGGACAGGGUGACCGUCAUUGUUGGGGCGUCCCAGGACAUCAUCCCCCAGCUGAAGAAGAAAUAUGAUGUGGACACUCUGGACAUGGUCUUCCUUGACCACUGGAAGGACCGGUACCUGCCAGACACACUUCUCCUGGAGGAAUGUGGCCUGCUACGGAAGGGGACGGUGUUGCUGGCUGACAAUGUCAUCCGUCCAGGAGCACCAGAGUUUCUGGCAUACAUGCGUGGGAGCAGCCGCUUUGAGUGCACACACUUCUCCUCCUACCUGGAGUACUCGGAGUUGGUGGAUGGCCUGGAGAAGGCUGUGUACGUGGGCCCGGGCAGCCCAGCACAGCCUUGAUUUCCUACCUGCCCUGGGUCUGGUUAUGAAGGGUGGGUGUGAUAGGUGUGCUGCCAGCCCCCACUGGCCCCUCUGCACACAGGGUAGCUGGUGCCCAUGACCCUGCCACUCAGCCCCACCAGCAUUCCCGUAGGGUUUCUUACACGGCCAGGUCCCAGGUCUCUGGGCACAGCAAGUGGUUCCCAGGAACCUCUGGAAACCUGGGCUGUGCACUGUCUGUCCUCAGCCUUCCGAUCACCAGGUGGCAGCACUGCCUCGGUGACAGCGCUGUGACCAACAAUAUACCUUUGAUUCUUCUUUUGAGUUCUUUGAUUCUUCUUCUGAGAUUCUUCUCUUCAAUGAAAUGUAACUUCACUAAAAUUGGUUGACUGUUAAUAAUCUCAUGCACUAAUAUAAUGAUUAAAAAUACUAAAUUAA